AUCCAUCAGCAGUCCGAAUAUCAAAAGGAGACCUGCGGCGUAAAGCCAAGCAGCUUAUGGGCAUCGGAUGCUUUCGGUUGUAGUGGUCGCUGGUUUGCGGCUUUUUGCGCUCAGUAGAGUAGCCCUCACUGCAGUGACGUGUUUCUUAUCGGUGCGUGUUUCUCAAAAAUCUUUACUGGCGAAGUUAACGGAGGCGCUCUGCACAUGACCUGACGGGAGCGGUCGACGGCGGUGCCACGGGCAGUGCUUAUACGCGGCUUCAAAAUGCAGCCAGAUCCUCAGCGAACCCAAAGGCUACUGUCUGGGACUUCCUCAAGCGACUACGCUCGAGACGGGGAGUUGCUGCGCCCUAUACCGGAGUUGACUGUGGGACCUAGCAUACGCGCGCGAACGCAUUAUGACUACCCGCAGAUAGCUCCUUCGCCUCGGGGAGAUGGAGACCGGCCGACUCCUCCGAAGGAACCAGAGCCCGUCCAGCCGCACUCCGAAGUGGCCUUGCGAUUAGGGAGCAUUCUUCUUGACAACUUGGUGGCGCAGCCAUGCAUAGUGCUGAGAAGACAAUGCCAGGUGCAUAGGACUGCCAGCAAGUACCACUUGACACCAUGGACGCUGUUUCCUAUCAUUGCGAGGUUGCAGCAGAGACAGGGCCUGAUCACCCUCUGGAAAGGUGCACCAAGCAUGUUUAUUGUACGUGGCAUCGUUGUGGUGGUGGAGACUGUCCUCGCUGAAACAACCUCACUUCCUCGCGAGCUCACAUCGCACAGCUCUCUUCGUCAGCUCUGGCAACAUCUACUUCUCAAAAGUGUGGCUGUGGCUGUGGCGACGCCCUUCAGCUGUGCUAGUCUGGUGGAGGUGGUUCAGUGCGAGGCGGCCAGCGAACGACCAGGCUUGUUCGACUGCUUGCGUGAGGGUCUGAUGCGCUUGCUGCCACGAGGAGGACCCAAGCGUGGUCGCAUGCUGCCCCUGUGGCGCCUCCUGGGGGCAUCAGUGGCACAUGGCCUCGCCCACUACCUCCUUACUACUAUGGUGCGAUGGGCUGCGCUGCAGCUGCUGCGCAUGCACCGGCACAGGCAGCACCAACAGGUUCUGCUGCUCCGGCAGCAGGCUGGCAUUGUGCACGGCCCCAUGGGUGAUGCUCUGGAACUACCCUCAGAAGGUGCCUCAUUUCUCCAAGAAAUGGUAGCAUCACUCAUUGGUUCACUUGUGGCAGAUGUGCUGCUCUUCCCUUUUGAAACUGUUCUCCACAGUGUAUUCAGCAGGGAAGGCUACCCGGAAGAACUUGUGAGUGACCUUGGGCCUCAAUUCACAUCAGCUGAGUUUAAACGACACCUGCAAAACAGGGGCAUCAUGCAUGCCUUUUCGGCCGUCUACCAUCCCCAAGCCAACGGACAGAUUGAACAAUUUAACCGGGUGCUAAAAGAUUGCGUGCAAGUGUGUUUGCUGGAAAGGUGGUCCUUAACCCUUUCAGACGCCACUUUAUCUCUUUGAUUGAAAACUUGCUUUCACCACAUCUGUCGCAUCUUCUGAAUCAUAGAAAAUGUACAGCUACAGAAAAGAUUAAGAAUUUUUCAUUGUUUAGCGAGUUUUGUCAAGUUUACAAAAUUUCGACUCCAUGCGAAAACUUGUUACAGGAACAUCAAAUAUGAGAACAUAUACUAUCAUGUGUUUUUAAGAGCUUGAAAAGCACUUAUCGAGCCACUUGAAAAUUAUGCCUGGUGCAUGACAUUGUGCAAAACAAUGAAAGAAGUGAACCCGCUACAUACAACAUACUGACACAGAGUAAGAACACCCAACCAUCUACCUUCCCACUCAUUUUGCUAAAACAUUCUGCACAUUAUUCAAAAUUGCAGUGCAGUUCCGAUAAUAAGUGUUUCAAAAUGUAUGAAACACAUUUUAAAUACCAUUACUUUCAUCUGUGCUCUUGCUAUUGAUGCACUGUGCUACUGUGCACAAUUGUGUAGACAGCAUCUCAAAAGGUUAAGGGAUGUCAUCCCGGAGUACCUUGGUGUCCACUGGGGCACCCCACAUGUGACAGCAGGUGAAAAACUUGCUGUGCUGCUGCAUGGUCGUCAUCCAAGAAUGAAGCUGGAUUUGGUCGGAGCUCCUGGUGCUCGGACCUUCCAGAGGCCAGACAUAGAGCUGCAAGUGCUGUGUUGUGGAGUGACCGAACGUCAGCAGGCAAGCAAGCAGUACACGGAUAGGUGGCGAGUCGCCAAACGUGCAGUACUUUGACUGGGCCAGCGAGUACGGGUCAGGUUGCCAGGGCAUAUUGCCAAAGGCGCUGUAAGAUAUUCACAACCCUUGACUAUAGUUAGGCAGCGGCACCAAGACACCUACAAAUUGGAAGAUGGCCACACGUGGAAUCGUGAACAGUUAGUGCCGUAUCCUGUGGUGCAUGAUAUGCAGUCUCUUCCCGCUACCAUCGCAAGCUUUCAAUUUUGCAAUACACAAGGCUUCUCGGAGCCGCCACAAAUAACAGGACCGUCAAGAACAGAGAACAGCACAGUUCAGACAUCACCAACAAGGAGCGAACCACCAGCAGCUCUGCACCAUUCAAGACGAGACAAAAGGCCACCUGCGUGGUCAGCAGAUUAUCAAAUGAAAUUGUUAUGUCAUUUUGUAACCUAAUUGAUCCAUCAAUCACGGCUUACUUCUAGAUGGGGGGGAUGUUGUAGUUAUGUUACAUAAUAGUGGAAGGUGCCACAGGUGACCCUUGGUUAUAUAUAUUACUGCCACUAAACGAAUAAAGGGACUUUCGUUUGGCUGA